GAGACUAGAUCCUACAAGGUUUCUCCUUCCCAGACUCCAAUUCUCUCCAGUCUCAUUCUAGUCAAAUAAUUCUUUCCUUCCUGUCAUUUUUUAAGCUCCACCAGAGUCAGCUGGAGCUCCAGGAUGUCCGACUCUCCUAUCGGCAGCUUCAGGUGAAGGUGGAAGAGCUCAGUGACGAGAGGAGUCUGCAGAGUUUUAAUGCCACUAGCACGUCACUUCUGUCUGAAAUCGAGCAGAGCAUGGAGGCUGAGGAGCUAGAACAAGAGCGAGAACAGCUGAGGCUGCAGCUUUGGGAAGCUUAUUGCCAGGUCCGAUAUCUCUGCUCCCACCUCCGGGGGAAUGACAGCGCCGACUCGGCCGUCUCCACAGACUCCUCGAUGGACGAGUCGUCGGAGACCUCGUCGGCCAAGGAUGUGCCAGCGGGCAGCUUACGCACAGCCCUCAGUGAGCUCAAGAGGCUUAUCCAGAGCAUAGUGGAUGGCAUGGAACCCACGAUGACCGCCGAGGUCCCUCCCAAUGCCAAAGCUAUGAUCCCGCACUCCGGUGCCGUCGAGGCCUUGCUGAAG